AUGGAGCAGGAACACGAUGCGCUCUCUGCCGUAAAGUCAAGGAUGAAAGACGCUAUUUUCAGAGACAAGGAGCUUAACAAGAACGGAAAACCAGCACUGAAUAGAUUGAGUCGCCUGAACGACUGUAUAAAAGCUCUCUAUUCUCUGCGCAACGACAUCGACACAGAGACUCUUUUGAUUUUGAGAGAAUGGCUUGAGCCUCUUCCGGAUAACUCGUUGCCCAACAUUGAAAUUAAAAAUGAAAUUUUAUCGUUUCUUCUCAAAACCAACGUUAGCAGGGACCAGCUGGUUGAGAGUGAAAUAGGCAAAAUUGUGUAUUUCUAUAGCCUGAACAACCGCGAAGUUGGUGAAAUCAAGAAUAUGAGCAAGCAGCUUGUCAGAAAAUGGACAAUGGUGGCAGUGCAAGAGCAAAUCGAGUAGAUUAAAUCGCUUGUAUUGCAAAAUAACGUGUGCGGCCUGUUCUAGUAUAUUUCCUAUCUUCUGACCUUGAACAGCAUCUUUCGGACGUACUAACAGACAAAGUGCUGCCUGCGAUAGUCUUCCCGUCCAUACUUGGAUUGCAUAGCGAUUACGAACAUCUCACCGAAAUACAUACCGUUCAUACGGACUAUCCAUGUAUCGCGGUGACACUGUUGGAACCGUAGUAACAAAACGUAUCCAGGAGUAGGAUGUAACUACCAAUGAACAACAAAAACCUAAAUAAUGAUGCUUACUACACCGGUUGACGUACUUUUCAUAAAUUUUGCACGAACUAUUUGGCAUUAGAUCAUCUCACCUCCUCCAUUCAAAAACCAUGAAUGCACUUAAUUCUCCUCCGUGCACCAACCGAGUUUAGACAAAGUAACCAAUCAAAUGUACUUAU